AUGACAGAUGCAGAGAAGACUCGGCUGGCGCAGGUGUCGUACGGUUUGCUGGCCACGACCAUCCACUAUAAGGACCAGCUUAAGCGCGAGGCUCAGGAUGAGCUGGUCCGGUCGUUCGGUAACGGCCUGAUUGCAACAUCCAACACCUACUCGACGCCGCAGAUCUGCCUCCACUCCCUGAGCGUGUGCAUGCUUGAGCUUCCCGCCUCGGUGAUGCGCCUGAUGACGCCCAUCCUGCAGCAGAUUGUCAAGAUCAACUCGGCAACCCAGAUCAGUACACACAUCCUCGAGUUUGGCUCUGGCCUGUCGCGCGAGCAUAGUCUCCAUGUGAACUUCCGUGCCUCCGACUAUCGCCUCAUGUUCACAGCAGCCACGAACUACAUUCGCUUCCACAACAGCGCUCCUGAGACAAGACGCCAUAGUGUGGGGCGAGCUCAGCAGGUCGAUCCAGCGGUCUUGAGCGAGACCUCACUCAACCAAUAUGCGUAUGUCAUGGCGUACCAGCUGAUCGACGCGUUCUACCUGUCCUUGUCGCCGGCAAUGAAGGGGGAAACCGCUGACCAUGUCAUUCUCGGCCUACUGGUGUCCAAUUCUAGUCGCGACGUAUUGGAUGAGCCCAGCGAGGUGUGUCUGGAUAUGAUUCUGCAGAACUACAAGAAGGACAGUCGCGCCGUUCUGGACCAGGUUGUUGUUCUUGAGAAGGAAGACCUAGGACCAGUUACCGAGCGCUCGUGGAUCCAAUAUUCAGCCAUUGUCACGAUCCGUGCACAGCAGAACGGCCCGCUGGCCCAGAUCAUCGUUCGGAGCCCAAGCAACAUCUCCUCGCGGGUGAUUAAUCUGCCAGAGGAAGCCGCCAAAAAGUACGCCGAGUUCGCCGAACGGCAGGUGCAGUCCAACGCUGCCACCGGCGAUACCGCAUCGAUGACGACCCUCGUCGAGCCUUCCUCGCCUCCCUUACCCGCGCGGCAACCAGGCACGACGGGUCCUACUCCCAGCUCGCCCUCGGUAGUCACGCACUUCCCGAUCAAGUUUGGGCCGGCGCCAUGUGUUGCACAGGAGUUCAUUUCAGCGUACCAUGGCCUGCAAAACAUUGAGGCGCCGCAGCUGUUGCCUAUGCACCACGAGCCAAUUGCGCGGUCUCUGCGUCUCCUGGAUGGCAGUACGUCGACCAUCGACGCGCACAAGGUCAGCGUCCUGUAUGUUGGCCCUGGGCAGACAACGGAGAAUGAAAUCAUGAGCAACCGCCAGGGCUCGCUAGCGUACUGGAACUUUCUGCACGGUCUGGGUAACACCACGCGUCUGAGCGGUAUGAAGGGGUUCUCGGCAGGGCUUGAUACCUCUGGCCAGGACAUGGACGGUCGAUACACGAUCAAGUGGCGCGACCUCAUUGCACAGCUUGUGUUCCACGUCGGCACCCUCAUGCCAUCUGGUGAAAUUGGAUCCCAGAGCAUGUUGAGGAAGAAGAGCCUUAUCGGCAACGACUAUGUGCACAUUGUAUUCAACGAGUCAGGGAGCGAAUACCGGUUUGAUACGGUGUCGACCCAGUUCAACUACGUGCAGAUCAUUGUGACACCAGUCGAUGGGCGGAUUCCCAGCCAUGAGGACGAGUCGAUGGUGCAGCUAUACAAGGUCAAGACACAGGUUAACCCGACGGUGCCAUUCGCUGGGUCUGCCACAGAGCCUAAGCUGCUUACUCUGACGGCGCUACCAUCGUUUGUGAGGAGCAUUGCCAUUCAUGCUGCUAUCCUGUCCAAUGUGCAUGCAACCUUCCUGAAUUCGGUUGGUGUCAACAACGAGUUUAUCUCGCCAUGGCGCGCGCGCCUGCAGAGCAUCAAGCGCAUGCGCGGCAUCACCGAGCGCGACGCAGAGAAGAUCACGCCAGAGGUUUAUUCGGACGACAUUCCGGCGCCUGCCUCUGAAUCCACUGAUCUCUCAAAGGCGACAGCGGCCCAGGUCCUCGAUCUCCUUACCAAAGAGCUGGAGGAACUCCGUAACCGCAAGUAA